AUCUAUUUUCCUUUUUAGCCCAUGCUAUAUACAAAUAAAAGGAAAAUGACAUUUAGAAGAGGUGGAAGACUUGGAAGCAGCCAAGGGACUUGGCCAUGGCCUUUUUCUGGAAUACCACCACAGGUUCUCCUUUUGGAGGCCUAGUCAUUGCUUGAUUCUCUAUUUCUAAGCUCGCCGCACCCACUCAUACGCAUCUCAUUAAGCCCUAACCUAAACCCUUCAAACCGUCUUCUCUAUACUUGGUUCUUCAUAGACUUCUGUUAGAGUUUCAUAAAAGAAGCUCUCGUCUCUAAUCAGAUCCUUAACGAUUUCAGUUUUAGCAGGGAGAGCUAAGCCACCUAGUUAGCUCUCUCAGCUUAUUACAACACCUCAGGGUUAGUUAAUUUAGUGGGUUUCUAGCAGCAAACAAUCAAUCUGUUUCAAUGGCAGCAGCUACACACUUGUGUGGAAUCAAAACUCCUUAUUGUUUUUCAAAGAAGGCUCUGCAUUCCCAAUCUUUGUGCUCACAGAAGAGACUCAAUUUUGAUCUGCUCACUGAAUCGUGUGAGACAUUAAGAGUUUCAUAUCCAAGCAAGGGAAGAGGAGGACUAAGGGUUGUUUGUGAUGCGAGAAAGAAUGAUGUUUUGGUACAAAGUGAAGCCAAAAGUCAAGGUUUGGAAGAAUCAAUUAACCAGCUAUCAUGUGUGAUGAAGUUUGGUGGAUCUUCAGUAGCCUCAGCAGAUAGGAUGAAAGAGAUAGCUGAACUCAUCCUCAGUUUUCCAGAAGAGAAUCCUGUGAUUGUCCUUUCUGCUAUGGGGAAGACUACCAACAAGCUUAUAGUGGCUGGAGAAAAGGCUGCAAGCUGUGUUUCUGAUGUUUCUGAAAUCAAUGAGCUGAGCUUUGUGAAAGAACUGCACUACAGGACAAUGGAUGAGCUUGGAUUAGACAAAUCACUCAUAACAGACCACAUAGAAAAAUUAGAGAGACUUCUGAAUGGGAUUGCUGUACUUAAAGAUAUGACUCCACGUGCAAGAGACUACUUAGUGUCAUUUGGGGAAUGCAUGUCCACAAGAAUAUUUGCAGCAUACUUGAAUAAAAUUGGUGUCAAAUCUCGCCAAUAUGAUGCAUUUGAUAUUGGGUUCAUAACAACUGAUGACUUUACAAAUGCGGAUAUUCUAGAAGCAACGUAUCCAGCUGUAGCAAAUAAACUACACAGUGAUUGGAACAAUGAUCCUGCAAUCCCUAUUGUUACUGGCUUCCUUGGAAAGGGUUGCAGAACUUGUGCAAUCACUACAUUAGGCAGAGGUGGUAGUGAUUUGACUGCUACAACCAUUGGUAAAGGAUUAGGCUUGCGAGAAAUUCAGGUGUGGAAAGAUGUAGAUGGUGUUUUGACAUGUGAUCCCAACAUAUAUCCAGGUGCAGAACCUGUGCCUUAUUUAACUUUUGAUGAGGCUGCUGAACUUGCAUAUUUUGGUGCUCAGGUUCUUCAUCCACAGUCUAUGAGGCCUGCAAGAGAAGGUGAUAUUCCAGUUAGGGUUAAAAAUUCUUACAACCCUAAUGCUCCAGGUACCCUAAUCACUAAAUCAAGAGAUAUGUCAAAGGCGAUACUGACUAGCAUUGUUUUGAAACGUAAUGUGACCAUGUUGGAUAUUGUUAGCACUCGUAUGCUUGGUCAAUUUGGAUUCCUAGCUAAGGUAUUUUCAACUUUUGAAGAUUUGGGUAUUUCGGUUGAUGUUGUAGCCACUAGUGAAGUUAGUAUUUCUUUAACAUUGGAUCCUUCAAAGCUUUGGAGCAGGGAGUUGAUUCAACAGGAACUUGAUAAUGUUGUUGAAGAACUUGAAAAAAUUGCUAAAGUGAAUCUCCUUCAACACCGAUCAAUUAUUUCACUGAUUGGGAAUGUUCAGAGGUCAUCACUUAUAUUGGAGAAGGUAUUUCAUGUUCUUCGUACAAAUGGAGUGAAUGUUCAAAUGAUAUCUCAAGGAGCAUCGAAGGUGAAUAUAUCGUUGAUAGUUAAUGACAGUGAGUCGGAAAAAUGUGUGAGGGCUCUCCAUUCGGCUUUCUUUGAGACUGAUCUUGCUGUUGCUGACCUGGUCAACCACAAUGGAAAUGGAAAUGGAACUUAAACCCUAAAAUGCACUAGUAACUAACUGAUAUAUCAUUGGCUUGAUUUUAGGGAUUCUAUUAUGUAAUAGAGGUAUUCAGAAUGGUCACAUACCAUGACUCCAUGGAGGGCUAUGUAUUUAUUGUAAGCAAUCCCAAAUAAUGAAUCCUUGCUUGAUUUUAGGGCUUCUUUCUAUGGACAAUUUUUACUUUUUGUAAUGUUUGGAUUUCUUCAGUGCUCUUUAAUGACUUCUAGCUAAG